UGUCACUCUCAAGAGACCUCAAGCCUUUUCCUUUAUGUACCAAAUUCUCGAGUAUACGGUGACGAAAAGGAUCGGAGGUAAAACCUUAGAAUCAUCUUCAGUGUUUGCAUUAAACUCUAAAAAGCAAAAGUUGCAAAGGAAGCAUCAAUGGCGUCCUUAAGCAAAAAAUCCAUCUUCAAUCUCUCUAAAGCCUUUCCACAUCGACCCUCCGCUGUCUUCAUCGGUCGUCAAAUCUGGAAGGGAGGAUAUGUUGCUACAACAGAGGAGCCGUGGGAACAAGAGUGGUGCAGGAAGGACGUCAAGAAAUUCUACGGGACGAACAGUGAUGAAACGGGUGGUAAAGUAUCUGAAAUGGCUGAUAAGGCGAAAGAAGUGAAGGAUAAAGCCACUAAAACAACUCAAGAUGCUUGGAAAGCUAUCGAGGAUACUGCUGAAGAGUUGAAGGAGAAAGUGGUAGGAGAUGUAGAUCCAGAGUAUGUUCAAGAGGAAAUUGUGGUGGAAGAUGAAAAGGAGCUUAGGAACAAGUUGGCUAAAGAACCAGGAGGAAAGCCUGUCGAUGAAGAUAAAGGUUUGAAUGUGAAUUGGAGACCCAUUGUUGAGAAGAAACCACAACCCUCUUGAAAAUCAUUUUCUCUUCUCUCCUGUUUAGGCUUCUUUUUUUAAUUUUAAUUUUGUCUUGAGAAUAAUAAAGUACAAAGGACUUGUUAAUUAGUAGCUAGCAUGCUUGAACUUUGUAAUCCACUAGCCUAGAGUUUGAAUAAUCAGAGACCACAGUACUGA